AUGUGCGAACCUCCCGUGCGGUACAGCUCACUGGCCUUUUCAUUUGCACUGGCCCAUUCACAUGGGCACCACAUGGCACGGUGGCGGAUUACUGUGGCACCGCUGUGUCUCAUUGGCCCGCGCUCGAAGAAGGAAGCACCAUCAUAUCGGUCCGCGCAUCAGCGUUAUGAUGACGACGACCUUUUGCCAAAGGGGCCGUGCUGCUCCUCUGUGCUGGCGCCCGGCGCCCCACGCGCCGGCGCCGUCUUCGGCCGCGCGCAGCGUGCCGCGCCGCCGCCGAGGCACUAUAGCGCCUCGGCGGCGCUGUAA